UGCCCUAAUGCGGGAGUCGGCGAGAGAAGGCGCUGCACAAGGAUGGGAGCUGUGCGGGGAGGCGGUGGCGGGGGCAGCAGGGAGGUCUAGCAGCUUGGCGGCUGGCACAGAUCCUCAGUAGAGUCUUCGGGGAAGCCGGGCGGGAUGAGACUGCUGCUGUGAGCCUGGCCUCGCCGGAGGAAACGGGACUCAGCCGGGGCGGUGGCGGCUGCUGACCAGGCUGUUCAGUAUUAAUCCAGGAUUAAGACCAGAGUAUUUAAACAAACAGCUGAAACCACAGUAUUAAGUAAAUCAAAACAUCCUGCUGCACUACAGUAAGACACCACUUUGCCUUGUUGAAGGAAUCUGGGAACGUUGGACCUUAGCCAAAUAUUCAAAAUGGUAAUGCAAAGGUAUCUCCUAACAUAUGUGGGAGUGGUGCUUGCUUUAUAUCUUCAUCACUUCAUCAGAGCCAUUGAAGUCCCUCGGGAUCCAAGUAUUCAAGAUGAAUUAUCUCAGCCCCCCACUAUUACAAAGCAGUCUGUGAAGAAUUAUAUUGUAGAUCCAAGAGACAACAUAAUCAUUGAAUGUGAAGCCAAAGGCAACCCCUUCCCCAUAUUUACAUGGACACGAAAUGGGAAGUUCUUCAAUGUUGCAAAAGACCCAAGAGUAAGCAUGAGACGCAGAUCGGGUACACUUAGCAUUGACUUCCGCAGUGGUGGUAGGCCAGAGGACUACGAGGGGGAAUAUCAGUGUUUUGCUCGGAAUGACUUUGGGACAGCCAUUUCAAACAAAAUCAUCCUGCAGGUUUCAAAGUCACCUUUGUGGCCAAAAGAAAACCUGGACAUUCAAGAGGUUCAUGAAGGUGCUCCACUUAUCUUGGCAUGCAACCCUCCUCCUGGACUGCCACCUCCUGCCAUUUUCUGGAUGAGCAGCUCCAUGGAGCCAAUCCACCAAGACAAACGUGUCUCCCAGGGACAGAAUGGUGACUUGUAUUUCUCCAAUGUCAUGCAGGAGGAUGCCCUGACUGACUACAGCUGUAAUGCUCGCUUUGCCUUCACCCACACCAUUCAGCAGAAAAAUCCUUACACCCUCAAGGUCUUGACCAAGUAUCCCCAUAAUGAAACGUCCUUUCGAAAUCACACUGACAUAUACAGUGCCCGAGGUGUUACGGAAAGGCACCCCAGCUUCAUGUAUCCUACUGGGACCUCAAGCAGUCAGAUGGUUCUGAGAGGGGAGGAUCUCUUGCUGGAAUGUAUUGCCUCAGGAGUUCCGACACCAGACAUCAUAUGGCACAAGAGGGGAGGGGAGCUUCCAGUAGGCAGGAUCAGUUAUGAGAACUUCAGAAAAGCACUUCGAAUUGCUAACGUCUCCGAGGAAGAUUCUGGUGAAUACUUCUGCUUAGCAUCCAACAAAGUGGGCAGUAGCCGCCACACAGUCUCAGUGAGAGUAAAGGCUGCUCCUUACUGGUUAGAUGAACCAGAGAAUCUUGUUUUGGCUCCCGGUGAGGGUGGGAGACUUAUUUGCCGAGCCAAUGGUAACCCCAAGCCUUCAAUCCAGUGGCUGGUGAAUGGAGAACCUAUAGAAAGUUCUCUUCCUAAUCCAAGCCGUGAAGUAAAUGGAGACACUGUUAUGUUCCGGGAUGCCCAGAUUGGCAGCAGUGCUGUGUACCAGUGCAACGCUUCCAAUGAACAUGGGUACCUGUUGGCCAAUGCCUUUGUCAGUGUAUUAGAUGUUUCUCCUCGUAUUCUUGCUCCUCGUAACCAGCUGAUGAAAGUGAUUCAAAACAACAGGACUCUUCUGGACUGUCCAUUCUUUGGGUCCCCAAUCCCUACAGCACGGUGGUUCAAGAAUGGCCAGGGAAACACUCUGGAUGGUGGCAACUAUAAGAUGUAUGAGAAUGGAACUUUGGAAAUUAUUAUGGCUCGAAGAGAAGACCAAGGAACAUACACCUGUGUGGCCACGAAUAUUCUGGGCAAAGCAGAGAUCCAGGUUCGCCUGGAAAUCAAAGAUAAAACUAGAAUAAUCACUGGACCAACUGAUGCAGUGCCAAAGAAGGGUUCUACAAUUCAUUUAUCAUGCAGAGUAAAAUAUGAUCCUACACUGAAACUUACAGUCUCCUGGCUCAAGGAUGAUAGCACCCUAUAUAUAGGAAACAGGAUGAAGAAGGAUGAAGAUGGCUUGACAAUAUAUGGAGUGUCUGAGAAAGAUCAAGGGUAUUACACUUGUGUAGCCAGCACUGAGCUAGAUAGAGACACUGCCAGAGCCCAUCUUACUGUUCUAGCUGUCUCAGCUUCUCCUGUUAACCGUAUGACAACUUUCCCCAAAGCACGGCCAGACCGUCCUCGUGACCUUGAGCUAACAGAUCUUGCUGAAAGGAGUGUACGUUUGACAUGGAUACCCGGUGAUGACAACAACAGCCCCAUCACAGAUUACAUUGUGGAAUUUGAAGAGGAUAAAUUCCAACCAGGAGUUUGGCACAACCAUUCCCGUUAUCCAGGAAGUGUGAACUCUGCUGUCCUGCGCCUUGCACCUUAUGUCAAUUACCAGUUUCGAGUAAUAGCUGUGAAUGAAGUAGGAAGCAGUUAUCCCAGCUUGCCUUCUGAGCGAUACCAAACAAACGGAGCACGUCCAGAAAUUAACCCCACGGGUAUUCAAGGAGCAGGAACAUCAAAAAAUAACAUGGUUAUAUCAUGGAUGCCACUAAAUGCAACUCAAGCUUAUGGCCCCAAACUCAAAUAUAUUGUGAAAUGGAGGAGAAAGGACACACGAGAGAGCUGGAGCAAUGUAACUGUCAACGGUGAUGUCAGCAAGUACACUGUUACCCAGACACCUACCUAUGUGCCCUACGAGAUCAAAGUGCAGGCAGAAAAUGAGUUUGGAAGGGCUCCAGAACCUGAUGUUGUCAUUGGCUACUCAGGGGAAGAUUAUCCCAAGGCUGCUCCCACAGAUGUUAGACUCAGAGUUUUAAACAGUACGGCAAUCAGCCUGCAGUGGACUAGAGUGUACCCGGAUACCAUCCAGGGACAGCUUAAGGAGUACAGAGCCUAUUUCUGGAGAGACAGUAGUUUGCUGAAGAAUCUGUGGGUCUCCAAGAAAAGGCAGUCUGAGAGUUUUAUUGGAGACCGAACUCGGGGCAUAGUGUCCCGGCUGUUUCCUUACAGCAACUACAAACUGGAGAUGGUUGUAGUCAACGGGAGAGGAGAUGGGCCUCGGAGUGAAAUUAAGGAGUUCACAACGCCUGAAGGAGUACCCAGUGCCCCAAGGUAUUUCAAAAUCCGCCAGCCAAACGUGGAUACCAUCACUUUGGAAUGGGAACAUCCUGAACAUCCUAAUGGCAUUCUUAUUGGAUACACCCUUAGAUACCAAGCCUUUAACGGAUCCAAAGCUGGCAGAACAAUUCUAGAGAACUUCUCUCCUAAUCAGACAAAGUUUUUACUCCAGCGGACAGAUCCUAUAUCGCGCUAUAGAUUUGACCUGCGUGGCAGGACACAGAUUGGGGAAGGGGAGCCUGCCAAAGGAGAGUCACCGUCUCCAUUGAAUGAAGGUAAGUGGAAACAUGCUCCAACAUGGUGGCCUUCAACAACAAUUGAUCUCACUACCAUUGCAACUGUAGCCAGCACCACAGAGGCCACAACCACCACUACCACCACCACUGAAGCUACAACCACCACUACAGAAGCAACUACUACCACAGAAGCUACAACUACUACGGAAGCAACUACCAUCACCACAAUUGUUGCUAGCACGAUAGCUAUUGCAACAGAUGAUUCUGCUGGCGAUGGAAAGCCCAUCUGGGAUGUAAAAGCUUCACCUACCAGUAACUGGGCAAACAUCACCUGGAACCACAAGUUUGAUCCUGAAACUGAGUUUGUGGUUGAAUAUAUCAACAGUAACAAAACAAUGAAAUCUGCCACUGAUAAACCCUUUAUGGAGCUGAUUAACCUGACUCCUGGGGAGAAGUAUAUAGUACGGGUUUUUCUCAAAGGGAAUGAUACCAUCACCAGCUCGAACAUAACCUUUAACACAAGUGCAGCAUAUACUAAGAACCAAGGGGACAUUGCAACUCAGGGUUGGUUUAUUGGACUGAUGUGUGCCAUCGCUCUUCUGGUCCUGAUUUUGCUGAUAGUUUGCUUCAUUAAGAGAAGCAGAGGAGGGAAAUAUCCAGUGCGAGAAAAUAAAGAUGUGCCCCUGGACCCUGAUGACCAGAAGGUAGAUAACGGAUCAUUUGAUUACAGUGAUGAAGACAACAAGCCAUUACAAGGCAGUCAGACCUCAUUAGAUGGCACGAUAAAGCAACAAGAAAGUGAUGACAGCUUGGUGGACUAUGGUGAAGGCGGUGAAGGGCAGUUCAAUGAGGAUGGCUCCUUUAUUGGCCAGUACACAGUCAAGAAGGACAAAGAAGAGACAGAAGGCAAUGAAAGCUCAGAAGCUACAUCACCAGUUAAUGCUAUCUACUCCCUGGCAUAAUGCAACAUCACUGAAACAGGAACAGCUUAAUGAUACAUAGUUGAUGUGGGUCAGCAAAGUCACCAAUGGUAACAGUAGGACAACAAAGACCAAACACAAAACCAGACCAGGUGGUCACCAGCGCCAUGAUCUCUUUAGGAAACAAAGCAAAUAACAUCAAAAGACAAGCUGCUGAGGUGAUCGUACUGCAGCUGAAAUCUGAGCUGACCCACAGGAAAUCAGCAGGAGAGCAGGAUGCACAGAUUCUAUGCCCCAGGCUUCAGAACUUGGACUGAAAUAAACAUCCCUCUAUACCCCCAUAUUUACUUUGUGAGAUAAUGCAACUCCUUUCAUUAAUAAUGCACAUGGCUGAGAUUUUUUUAAAGGAUUCAAAGUUGCUGUCAAAGGGGGGGAGGAUACCCAAACAUGGGGAAAAUCUGAAGUGAGGAUGGGGGAGAUGAUAGCAGGGCCUCAUAGGCUAACAAUAGCAUGAAACCACAUUGAAGAAGCAAUUAGCUAUUGGUAAAAAUGACCAGCUGUUUUAUAAACAGGAAACCUUCUGGUGAUUCAUUUCUGUUGGAUGUCAUUUCAACCAAGCCUUAGCUUAUAAACCUCACUAAGCAAGUUGUAUGGCACUUGUUCUUAUAUGAAAAAAUGGUAUUGCAUUUGGCUUCAGUAUGGAAGCCAUGUGCAGGGCAAUGGGGUGGCAGGGUGGAUGGUGCAUUGACCAAAAUUGUCUCGGAUUUCAGCACUAUAAUUCAAAUAUGGGUUCUGAUGUAAGUGCCAUUGUGAAGUUUCACUUUCCCCAUGCUACUUGUCGUUGUGUUUUUCAAAGAAAGAGCUGAAUGGAAACAGUUGCAUCUUACUGCUAAUCAAGGGCAGAAUUGGUGGAUUCUGAAUAACCACUGUGGGCAGGGAGGUUGAUCUCUUUCUUUUUUCUAAAAGCAGUCAGUGCUCCCUCCACAGACACAUGGUGUUAACUACCAUCCCAUAAACCUUUAUGUCUCAGGAAAGGGAGGAUGUGUGGUUUCCUACUGCUAAAAAGAUGGUACCUACUAAGAAUUCACUAACCUGACAUUGGCCCUGCCAGUAGUUUUUGUGAAAACAGCUGGGAUUCCCUGUCCUUAACUAUGUUCAAUGCAAAAGUACAUGUGCACUCAGAACCAAUCUGAACUAGUCCAUCUUUCUAUCAUUUUAUGGUAAAAUCUACACUUCACCGUUUGCAGGGGCCUCUUAUUCUCUUGCAAACAUGCACACCCACUCACUUCAGUCAGUUAGCCUAAAGAAGGCCUUUGCAGUACUAAAUAAGCAGCAGCAUGGAGCUCACACUAUCUUGUUAGUUACACACACAAGGCACUCAAGUCAAGCUAACAUGUUAACACCCAGUAAACCUGUUUUCCUCAGAUACAGAUUCUGUUGUUACACUGUUCUUCCAUAUAUGCCUUAAACAGCUUCAUGCUUUCCCUGAAGCUUAAUAAACUAUGAAUAUUUACCCAUA